CCGGAUCCGCUUUACUGAGACACCGCAUCGCGGAGCGAGCAUUUCCUGAAUGUCAGGCGAUCUGAAUGAGUGAGGUCCGGUGAGUGGACCCGGGGGUGUCCCAGCAAUAGCCCUGGCCAGGGACCGAGUCUCCGGUCGUCAGUCAGGAGGUAGUUGUUGGUGAUCUGUGAUAAGAACUGCUUCAUUGCCGGCGAGACGAGAUCGUGUGCGGAAGAAGAAAUGAAGACUGGAUUCUGGUUUCAGGUUGCUAGGAGGCACCUGUUGAACUGGCAAAACUACAAUUAUCAACAAAGCGUAUCGCCACUCCCAGAGAUGAAGCAUCAGAGAUUAACAAGUGGCCUGUGUUGUUUAGGUAGGGAUUCAGAUGCCUGGCAGACCUGGAUUAAACCUCAUGUGGUGUUACUGCUUUGUACAAGACAUUACUCGGUCUUCAGAAAUUUUGUACACAAUGUAGGACUUCCAUCUAAAAGGCCACCAGCCAUCGUUCCAAGCCAACCCUCUUUCAGAGAUUUUUCUCACUGCACCAGAUGGAGGCCUGCUUAUAUCUUUUCAAGAAAAUGUUUUAUUGCUAAAGAAACCACUGACCUACAUAACGACUUCCACACGACUUCUCCGGUCUCAGCUUUGCCAAUCCCUUUGUUUUGGAUUCUGCUGAAGCCCCUCAAGAAAGCUAUGGCGAUGUUUCUUGGCAGGAGUAUUCGGAAAUGGUGGAAUGAUCUUCCAAGUGAAGAACAGGAGCUACUCAAGGAGAGGGUGAAAAGGAAUAAGUGGAGAAUUUUGUUUGGUCUGUGUGGCCUAUCAGGUGUGAUUGGAUUGUAUUUCAUGACCCACCUGGACAAGAGUCCAAUUACAGGCCGCCGCCGCCUCCUCGUGUUCAGCAAACGACAAUUCCUGAAGCUGGCUGAAUUUGAGUAUCAGUCGGUGCUGGAGAACUACAAGGAUAAAUUUUUGCCUCAUGAUGAUCCAAUCUGUAAGACCAUUCAGUUUGCUUUCAACCAGUUAAUUGAGAAAAACAAAGAUAUACCAGGUGUUUCUGAGACCAAGUGGAUCAUUAACGUUGUGGACGAUCCAGAGAUAAAUGCCUUUGUCUUGCCUAAUGGUCAGGUGUUUGUCUUAACUGGGUUGCUGAAAGCUGUGGCAGAUGGUGAUCAACUGGCAUGUAUUCUUGGUCAUGAGAUGGCUCAUUGCCUCCUGGCACAUGGGGCGGAACAUGCAAGUAUCAUUCAACUCCUUGAUUUCAUGUCCCUCGUAUUUCUGACACUUAUUUGGGCUGUGUUUCCUCGGGAUAGCCUUGCUCUUCUGGGGCAGUGGAUCCAAGGGAAGCUUAUCCAGUACAUGUUUGAUAGACCCUACAGUCGAAAACUGGAGAUUGAAGCUGAUGAGAUUGGACUGCAACUUGCUGCUAAGGCCUGCAUGGAUGUGAGAGCCAGCAGUGUAUAUUGGCAGCAACUGGAAUUGAUGAAAAUUGUUUCUGGUACAUUUCAAGUUCCUGAAUGGUUUUCUACGCAUCCAUCAAAUGACCGUCGAAUUCAACACCUGGACAACCUGAUCCCAAAGGCUAUCAAACUACGGGAAGAGUGUGGGUGCGCUUCAUUGCCAAGCAUAGACCCACGAUUAGUUUUCAAGCUUAGUAUGGAGGAAAUGAUGAAGCGCUUGAAGAAAUGGGAAGAACCGACGAGCACAGAUUCUAUCAUUGAACCGAUGUGCACAGUUUCUGGAGCUGAACAACCACCUCAGCAGCACAAGACUGGUGCAGUUGUAAUGCAGAGAAUACCUACAGUAAUUACAAUACAAGCACUCCAAAAUACAGGAGACUCUAAGAAAUAAACAUACUUAAUUGUAUUUGGUACCAUGCAAAUUAGCAAUUUCUGUUUUUAAUUUAACUGGACAGUGGGAAACGGAAAUUAUAUGAGAUGCAGUUGUCCCUAAAGAGAUCUUUCUGUGUUUUCCUAAAUUUCGGGGGCGCUUCCAAUUGUUCGCUGAUAAUUUCUUUAAUUAGGUAUGGUUUUAUUUUGUUCCAAACAAACAAGUUGGGAAAUCUGUUACAUGGAACAAUACAGUUUGCAACAGUCCCCAAUGGAAUGUUAAUUUGUAAUUAUGUUCCUUGGAGUCCCUAUUGCACAAAAAUUUGCCUUGGCAGCAGCAGAUCUCUAGGUGGUGAAUCCUUUUUGAGGUGACAUAAGGUAUAGGACAGGAUGUCGGCAACGUUUACCACUGAAAGAGCCAAUAUGGACCCAUUUCCCACAGAAAAGAAAACACUGGGAGCCACAAAACCCGUUUGACAUUUAAAAUGAAAUAACGUUGCAUACAACAGUUUUUUUUGUCUUUAUGCUAUGUAUAAACAAACUAUAAUGUGUUGCAUUUAUGAAAUUGAUGAACUCCUGCAGAGAAAACGAAAUUAUAUUUCUGCAUGCAACAAAAACAUUUUGAACUCCGAAAAAAAGACGUUGGGUUGAAGGUUACUCCGUAGGUAGCCUACCUUGGAUCGAAGAAUUAAAAGAAAGCGCGCACUGGUGGGUGUCAGGCAUUGGCAGUGGUGAUGUAUAUUAAUAGCGAUAAAAAACACGUUGUAGCGGUUUAGCGCUACACGCAGCGCUAAAAUAAAGACUGCAGUCAAAAGUAACUUUAUUCGAACUAAACAGCCUUGAUUUAAAGCCUCCCUCAACCCGUCCCCAUGGACACGGAUGCUCCAAAAGACACGUACUCACAAACCCCCGUAGGCUAUCUCCCUUAGCCGGAACGGUGGCUAAUUGUGAGCUGGUUCGGAUGUGCCAGGAAAUGCGGUCUCCACAACGUUUUUAGAUUGUACAAGAUCACCAUAAUCUUCAAAUUUCGAAUUACAUUUCAAAAACUAACAAACUACGGGGAGCCACAGCACAGAGAUCAAAGAGCCGCAUGCGGCUCCGGAGCUGCGGGUUGCCGACCCUUGGUAUAGGAGCAGGAGUAGGCCAUCUGACCUGUCCGCCAUUCAAUAAGAUCAUGGCUGACCUGGCCGUGGACUCAUCUCCACCUACCUGCCUUUCCCCAUAACCCUUAAUUCUCCUACUAUGCAAAAAUCUAUCCUAUCUUGUCUUAGAUACAUUUACUGAGGUAGCCUCCACUGCUUCAUUGGGCAGAGAAUUCGACUGAUUCACCACCAUCUGGGAAAAGCAGUUCCUCCUCAUUUCUGUCUAACUCUACUCCCCUGAAUCUUGAGGCUAUGUCCCCUAGUUCUAGUCUCACCUAUCGGUGGAAACAACUUUCCUGUCUCCAUCUUAUGUACCUUCUUUCAUAAUUUUAUAUGUUUCUAUAAGAACUUCUCUUAUUCUUCUAAAUUCCAGUGAGUACAGUCCCAGGCAAAUCAAUCUCUCUUCAUAGUCUAACCCCCUCAUCUCUAGAAUCAACUUGGUGAACCUCCUCUGCACUGCCUCCAAAGUCAAUGUAUCCUUCCUCAAAUAAGAAGACCAGAACUGCACGCAGUACUCCAGGUGCAGCCUCACCAGUACCCUGUAGAGUUGCUGCAUAAUCUCCCUGCUCUUAAAUUCAAUCCCUCUAGCAAUGAAGGCCAAUAUCCCAUUUGCCUUCUUGUUUGCCUGCUGCACCUGCAAACCAAGCUUUUGUGAUUCAUGGCUAAUUGAAUACAGCGAGGUAUAUGUGAUUGUUAAGCAAAGUAUGUGAAUUGAAAGGUAAAAUAAACUAUUUAGGGAAAAAAAGUGAUUGGGGUGAAGGGGAGGAUAACAAGUGAAGGGAAUGGCGCAGAACAGGGCAACUUAGCCUUGAGCAGAAAAGCUGCAAGAGAAUUAAUAUCACCAGGAUCAUGUGAGACUGAUAUUGAGAGCCAUUGUUGUAAUCAAAUGUAGGUAGAAACUGCUAACAUAUUCUUGAAACUUGCCGUGAUUUUAUUUUCUAACUCUGGGAUUGUAUUACUUUUAGAAUUUAUUUUCUCUUAUCCCAUCCUGAUAUUUAGGAGGAAGAUUUCUCUGUUAAUGGGGAAACAGCUUUUGAUUUUCUUCAGAUUUGUCAUCCAUGAGAAUCUCUCAGUCCCAUUCUAAGUGCAGGGCUAAUAAUUCCUUCACUCAGUAAGGAACUAGAUAAUGUGUUUAAAUAGGUUUUAUUAAUUACAAUGAAUUUGAUGGAAUUUGUAUGCAUAAAAUUAUUUUUAUGAAUAAUCAGUCUCUUCCAUUUUUAUACAUUAUCAUACAGGACUUGUACAUUCAAAGAAGCAGAAGUUGUUUAAGUAAUUUAUUUAGAGCAUGUAGCCAAACCUGCAUUGAAAAAGAUUUCAGCAAUGUGAAAUUGCAUAUUUCAUGCUGUAAAAUCACCAAAAUGUUGGUUAUUUUCCAGUUCAUACCUGAUCAGUCUACCUUUAGAUUUGAUUGAUAACUCCCUGAUGUAGUUGUUUCAGUAUUUUUGUUGAAAAUAAAUUCUGAUGUACCAAGAAA